UGCGUAAUAACACGGAUUCUUCCCCUGUAGUACAGGGCCUGUACCAUGGUUUCUAUAUCCCUCCGUCUGUUCUGUUUUUAGUAAAGUAGUGCGCAGGAAGAAAACUUCUUCAGUUCUUCUCGUCUUCUUGUUACCAUUGAUCCUACUAUUUUCUAUAUAUAAGUCAACCUCUUCACCUCCAUAGAAUCAUAAUCACAAUCACAUCUUACCCCCUCUAACCUAUUGCUUCUUCAUCUUCAUUCUAAGUCGUGAAUUCCAAAAUGGGUAGCGAAAGCCAUGACUCUGUUCACAUAUUCUUGUUCCCUUUCAUGGCUCACGGCCACAUGAUCCCAGUCUCCGACAUGGCCAAGCUCUUUGCUUCACAUGGCGUGAAGAUCACCAUAGUCACCACCCCUCAAAACGCCAUCAGAUUCUCUCAAACGACCCAAUCGGGGAAACCUUACGACAUCCAAAUCAAGGCCAUCGAGUUCCCAAGUGAAGAGGCUGGUCUACCAAAAGGUUGUGAGAAUCUCGACUCAUUACCCAAGCCGGAAUUAGCCAACACGUUCUUCAAAGCCACACGCUUGCUUCAAGCACCGCUCGAGGAGCUUCUCAACGAGUUCAAACCGACUUCCCUUGUAGCUGACAUGUUCUUUCCUUGGGCAACUGAAGCCGCUGCGAAAUUUGGUAUUCCGAGGUUGGUUUUUCAUGGGACGAGCUUCUUUUCUCUAUGUGCUUCAGAGUGUGUGAGGCUCUAUGAGCCUUACAAUACGGUUUCAGGUGAAACUGAUACUUUUGUGAUCCCCAAUUUGCCUGGUGAGAUUGAAUUGACAAGAUCCCAGGUGCCUGAUUUUAUGAAGAACAAUGUUUUAAAUGACUUGACUCAGUUGCUGAAAGAGGCUAAGGCAUCGGAGUUGAAGAGCUAUGGAAUUGUUGUUAACAGUUUCUAUGAGCUCGAACCGGUUUAUGCAGAUUAUUACAGAAAUGGGUUGGGGAGAAAGGCAUGGCAUAUAGGCCCUGUUUCUCUAUGCAAUAGAGAGACUGAGGAGAAAGUACAGAGAGGAUUAGAAGCCUCAAUUGAUGAGCAUGAGUGUUUGAAAUGGCUUGAUUCAAAGAAACCAGAUUCAGUUGUGUAUGUCUGUUUUGGGAGUGUGGCCAAAUUCAAUUCCACUCAGCUCAAGGAGAUUGCUAUGGCUCUAGAAGCUGCCGGGCAGGACUUCAUUUGGGUAGUGAGGAAAGGCAAAGAUGAGGUGGAUCAGGAUGAGUGGUUGCCUGAAGGAUUUGAAGAGAGGAUGGAAGGCAAGGGAUUGAUCAUCAGAGGUUGGGCUCCUCAGGUUUUGAUUCUUGAUCAUCCAAGUGUUGGUGGGUUUGUGACUCAUUGUGGGUGGAAUUCCACGUUGGAAGGAAUUUCUGCAGGGCUUCCUAUGGUGACAUGGCCUGUGUCUGCUGAGCAAUUUUACAAUGAGAAAUUGGUGACCCAAGUGCUGAAGAUUGGAGUUGGGGUUGGGGCUCAGAAAUGGAUUAGGCUUAUUGGGGAUAGUGUGAAGAAGGAAGCUAUUGUGAAAGCUGUGAGUCAGAUCAUGGUGGGUGAAGAAGCAGAGGUAAGGAGAAGCAGAGCUAGGGAGCUUGGAAAGCAAGCAAGGAGGGCUGUUGAAGAAGGAGGAUCAUCAUACGAGGAUUUUAAUAAGCUAAUUGAAGAAUUGAAAUCCCACAGUUAGGAUAAAAAAGUCCAAGGACUUUUGCUGCAGUGACUUCAUUUUUUUUUUUUUUUGGGUACAUUGGGAGCCAAAGGCCCAGAAAGAAAAGCAAAGAAAGAGCCUAGCUUAGACAGCUAGAAAACAUUCUAAACUGAAAACAUGCUGCAGUGUUUUCAUUUUAGACAGUCUAGUAUACAUUUUGUCUGGUUUCUAGAAUGAUACGAUGGAAAGCAUUGAAAAUGAGUUCAUAUAUAUUUUUGUCAAGGAACAUUUUGUAGGUCAA